AAAAUAGUUCACCUAUGGAUCUUGACAAGUCAUUUCUAGUAACCAAUGAUUCCUUAUCCAGAGAUGAUUAUGUUUCUCUAUCCCAAGAUGUCUUUGAUUCAACUUUCCAAAAUGCAUCAAAUGUUUACCCCCAAGAUAUUUUAGAUCACUCAUCUGUUAAUACUAUAGAUCAAACUAAUAUGGCAGAACUUAAGAUCUUUGCCUUUCUAACUGGUCAAUCACCUGAAUCCUGGUUAUCCCAUAGAACAUUGGCAAGGUGGAAUAAAGAGGUAGCUCAAGUUGUGAUUCAUGACAAUCUUCCUAAUAAAGAUUGUAGAUUCUUUUCUUAUGGUAUUAUUGCAGAUGAAAGCACUAGAGGAGAGAAAAAAAUUUUCUUAGUAUGCUUGUCAUAUUGGAACCAUCACACUAAUGAACCCUUACUUUCUAUAAUCCGAAUGGUAGAUAUAGAACGUUGUAGUGCCAUUGUUGUCUGUGAUACUAUAAUAGAAUCGUGUCAAUCUUAUAAUAUAUUUACAAAUAAAUGUCUGUACUGGCUUACUGACAAUACUGGAUAUAUGUCUGGGGAAAAGGGUGGUGCUGUAGUUGAGUUCAAAAAAAAAACAGGAUCAAAGACAGUUAGGAUUCCUUGUGGCCUCCAUGCAAUUCAUAUUGUUGUAAAUGCUUUUGAGAAAAUUACAUUUGGCAGUAAUCCUAAUCCCUCUGGUUUGUCCUUACGUCCACAUCCUUUUAAUCUACUGAAUCUUGCCUACUACCUUCACAAUGGUUACAAUGAUUCAGAUAAAGAUAAUCCUCUAAACAUGAAAACAGAAACAAUUAAAAAGUUGUAUUGGACCUUUCUCCAAUAUCAAUUGAAAAAUUACCAAAAACCUAUUUCAACCAGAUGGCUAUACCAAUUAGAAACAGCCAAACAGUAUCUUGACAGAAAAGAUAUACACCAUGUGUUUGCAAGAUUUUUUGUUGAUCAGUUGAUGUCCUCAAAAAAUGUGCCAGAGAGAUAUUAUCAUAAGUGGACUACUUUCCUCAGUUGGUUACAGGAUGAAAAAAUGAAUAUUUUAAUUAGAAUUAUGGUACAAUUUGGCAAAUGGUUCUAUGAACGAUUAUUCCAUUUUCUUACUGGAGCAGACCCUUGUCCUAGGGUACAACAUAAUGGCACCCCUAAAACACUCCCCAAUGGUUAUCGAGCUCAUGAGCUACCAGAUAUGGUGGGAAAAUGGACCAAGGAAUUGAAUGAGGUUGUAGAGAGACCAGAAAUCAUUUUCUUUGAAGAAUUUCAGGCUGCAAUUAUCUGUGUAGUAUUAAACACUCCUCUACCAAAUUUUUCUAAUAAUCUAGCAAGUAAAUAUAUUGACCAGUUGGUAGAUGAUUUCAAUAAUCAGAGAAAAGAAUCUUUUGGUCUCUUUGAAGCGUUACAAGAAGAUGACUUUCGUAAUGAAUUUAUUGCCUUCUCUGUGGCCAAUGAUCCCAAAUUAUUUGAUUUUCCUUUACUUAUGAUUUCAUUAAAAAUAGAAUUUGAAUCUAGACUACAACUUUCAGGACCUAAACCUUUAGGAUGUAUGCUUACUUCAGAGAAACUAAAAGAUGUUUGUGCUCAACAGCAUAGAAUUACUCCCAAUCCAAUAAAUUUGAACUUUG